GACAGCUUGACCGCAGCCUAUACAUAUAAUUACAAGGUGAAACGUUGCGCAUAUGACCAAUUUUGGGGGCAAAUUGAUGAUUGCUUCUCGCUGCAUUCGACCGCGAUGAUUCGCAGUUUGAAGGUUUGGGGCAAACUUCUGAUUAGUGACGAGUGCGCAGCCACGGGGAUAUUACAUCUGGUGUUCUUACAUCGUGCAUAUGAUAGUCCAGAUCCAUUGAGAUCUCCUUAAGUAUACUCUUAAGGUAGUUAGGUCAAAAAUGAUGAAGUUACAGAUUUUCUUCAAACUUGCAGCAAAAAUAAUUUAGAUAUCAAUAUGCAUGUUUGUAAAAUUUGGAUUUGAUUUUACCGUACAGUUUCCGAGAUAUAAUCACUUAAAAUUUACUAUUUUUAACAUUUCGCUUACCGCCAUUGGCUGCUGAGAUAGAAAACCUGACACUUGGACAUGUCAGUAACAAAAAAAUAGAUAAUAAGGAUUGAAACCAAAAAUCGAGCAAAAGUAGUUGAAUAUUUAAAGAAGUGCAUGUUUAAAUUUCAACGACGCUGACCGUCCGGCAUCAGAAUAUGAUAAAUCAAAAAAAAUUUGGCUCGGUUAAUUUCUUCGUGCACGGUAAUGCUUUGCGGAUGUGACAACGUAGAUUUAUACCGUUCUCUCGGUUUGUUGGUUUUAAGUGUUUUUUGCGUUUUUGCUUCUGCUCUAACACUUUCAUUUUUAUAAAACGCCCUUUAUAUCAUAACUGAUUUUCCAUUAUGAUAAUUAAAAUAUCUUUUCACAAUUUAUCGCAUUCACGAUGAAAUGUGAUCUGCCCACGAUCAACGCUCUGCUAACACUACGAAAUUCAGAAUACUAUUUCAUUUUCUGCAACUCUUUUUUUAUUUUCUCGGUUUUUAAUAUUUUAAGAGGAGCAACAUAGCGUUUAAAAAUCUGUUCUUGAAUUGAGUAUAAAAGAAUUCAAAUUGUCUAUCGAACUUUAUUAAUCAAGUCUCAUUUUGACUAGUAUAGUUGGGAAACAACUACCUUGAUGUGUUUUUAACCAAUCACAGAGCCGUAUUAACCACUUAAGGCAACAAUUAAGGUGAUUUUGAAAUAAGACUCGACUAUGAAUACCAGUCUAACAACUAGGGCUGACGAUCAUGUCCGGAUAAAUAAAUAUCCGGGUAUCCGAAAUAGAGAUAGAUCCGAGAUAAAAUAUUCGAUUUAAGUGAAAAUCCGGGUAUCCGGAUCUUGUUCGAAGUUAAAUGCAGUGCUUAAAAAUAAACGUGUUUUGGAUAAAUAACUUUUGAAUAAAUAACUUAUUAAUUCAAAACUCCAAAACACGUUUAUUUUUAAGCACUGCAUUUAACUUCGAACAAGAUCCGGAUCCGAACAAGAUCCGGAUAUCCGGAUUUUCACUUAAAUCGAAUAUUUUAUCUCGGAUCUAUCUCUAUCUCGGAUAUCCGGAUACCCAGAUAAACGGAUAAUCGUCUACUAAUAACUGAUAGAAAAGGAAUUGCAAUAAUUUCGUACGGAGAUGAUCGCGGGCGGAUCAGACACGUGGUGCCAUCUCCGCGCUGCUUGGCGAAAUAGCUCGCGUCGCGACGUUGAGACUUUCUAUCAAUCGCCGCAACGGUUUUCUAACGAAAUACAAAUGUCCAACGUAUCCGGCUUUGAAAAUGCAAUCGUACCGGCGCGACGCAUUCUGAAAAUAUCGCGAUCUCGCGCCUCGUAACCCAGUGAGAGUCCCCGCCGCGCGUUCGCGCCCGGCGAGGAGCUUCCGCGGUCCGCCGCCCAGAUGGCAGCACCGGCCGCGGCGCAGCACAAUAUGGCCGCCCUGGUGUUGGCAUCGCCAUGGCAAUUCUCUUGGCAGAUUCCUAACCGUCGCCUUUUUUAUACAUUUUACACGUGAUUUUUCUAGUAUCAGCGCCUAGAACGUAGAAUUUAGUGUGUGCGCGCGUGUGCUAUGAUGUAAAUGCGGCGCGCGGGGCGCCCGAGUGAUCGUCGUGAACGCGUGGAACGCGGACGGACCUGGCCCCACGAGUUUCCGAGUCCCACGAAAAGCGACACAGGUCCGCCGACGAUCCUGGUGAAGCCACAAUCGCAGCAGGUGAAGGCAGGCGGGAUAGCGAGCUUCUACUGCACUGCGGAAGGAGCACCGUCGCCCCAGAUACACUGGCGAAAGAACGGCAAAAGAAUCUCACAAUCCCAGUCCCGGUAUGUGGUGCACCAGUAUGAAAAUGGUGCUUUACUGCGGAUCGAACCUGUCAAGCCGUCGCGCGACAAUACCAACUACGAGUGCCUAGCUGAGAACGGAGUCGGCGACGCUGUUUCAGCCGAGGCCACGCUCACCGGUUACGAAACGGAGAAUUUGCCGAUGGGUUUUCCAAUGAUCACUCAAGCGCCGACGACGAAAGUAGUCGAGAUGGGUCACAACGCGGUCCUCCUUUGCACCGCAGUCGGAUCCCCGACGCCCAUCAUCUCCUGGGUGCGAGAUAUGCUGCCUAUCGACACGUCAAAUCCACGAUACACGGUUCUGGAUUCCGGUGCCUUGCAGAUUACCGAAUCCGACGUAAGCGAUCAGGGGAAGUAUGAAUGCGUUGCUAACAAUUCCGUAGGCACAGAGUACUCCAAGUCGACCACGUUAUACGUAAAGGUACGUCGUGUUUCACCAACCUUCUCGAUUCCUCCACCGCCGGUGAGCGAGGUAAUGCUGGGCGGAUCGCUGAACCUCACCUGCGUCGCCGUGGGCGCGCCUAUGCCUUACGUCAAGUGGAGAAAGGACCCGGCGACGGACCUAACGCCGGAAGACGACCUGCCGGUCGGCAAAAAUGUCCUGAAGCUGACGGACAUCAAGGAGUCCGCCAAUUACACGUGCACAGCCGCCAGCGAUCUCGGUGUAAUUGACAUGACCACGGUGGUGAAAGUUCAAUCUCUUCCCGGUCCGCCGGAGAACGUUCAAGUGUCCGACAUCACUGCGACGUCGGUGAAGCUGAGCUGGUCCUACAAAGGACCGGAUGAGCUGCAGUAUUACGUAAUUCAGCAUAAACCGAAGCACGUGAACCAGGCAUAUGCCGAAAUAUCCGGUAUCACGACGAUGUACUACCAUGUUAGGAGUCUCAGCCCGUAUACGGAGUACGAGCUCUACGUGAUAGCUGUGAACAGCAUCGGGCGUGGUCCCCCAAGUGCCCCGGUGAUGGUCACCACUGGUGAAACAACGGAAUCGACAAAUGGAGGUGCCAAACCCGGUACAGCGCCGCGGAAAGUUCAGGUACGGCCGUUGAGCUCCAGCACGAUGGUCAUACAGUGGGACGAACCGGAAACCCCGAACGGUCAAGUGACGGGAUACAAAGUGUACUACACAACGGACUCGAAUCAGCCCAUGGCGUCGUGGCAGUACCAGAUGGUGGACAACAGCCAAUUGACAACCAUCUCGGAGCUGACGCCGCACACGAUCUACACCAUAAGAGUCCAGGCGCUCACGAGCGUCGGUCCUGGACCACUUAGUCUGCCGGUGCAAAUCAAAACACAGCAAGGGGUACCGAGUCAGCCCGAAAUGCUAACGGCGGUCGACAUCGGGGAGACCAAAGUAACGCUCCAAUGGAGCAAGCCCGCUCAUAGCGCUGAGAAUAUUCUCAGCUAUGAGCUGUACUGGAAUGACACUUACGCGAAGGAAAAGCAUCAUCGCAGGAUACCGGUGACCGAGAACUACACUUUGACCGGCUUGUAUCCGAACACUCUGUACUACGUGUGGCUGGCCGCGAGGAGUCAAAGGGGAGAGGGUGCCACGACGAUACCGUAUCCGGUUCGCACCAAACAGUACGUCCCCGGGGCUCCGCCUCGCAAUGUAACCGGCAAGGCGAUCAGCCCGACUUCCAUAUUGGUAACGUGGGAACCACCGGCCGCUGAACGUUCCAACGGGAGGAUCGCCUACUACAGGCUGCAAGUCGUCGAGAGCGGUCGCUCCGACUCCGAGGCGAGGAAUAUCAAACUGAAUGACACGCGUUUCGUGUUGGACGAGCUCAAAAAGUGGACCGAGUAUCGGAUCUGGGUACUGGCCGGGACCAGAGUAGGUGACGGGCCUCCGAGUUAUCCUAUCUCGGUCAGAACUCACGAGGACGUGCCGGGGGAUCCUCAGGACGUCAAAGUCACGCCGAUCAACUCGACGGCGAUACACGUCGAGUGGAAGCCGCCGAAAGCGAAAGAUCAGAACGGCGUCAUACGGGGGUAUCAUAUACACGUGCAAGAAGUGAGGGAGGAGGGGAAAGACUUGUUGAACGAACCUAUACGUCGAGACGUGCACGAGGAGGGCGUGCUGGAGGUCAACAUCACCGGACUGCAACCGGACACGAGGUACUCGGUGCAGGUGGCGGCAUUGACGAGGAAAGGAGACGGGGACCGUUCGGCACCGAUACACGUUAGGACCCCGGGCGGUGUACCAAACAGACCACAGGUCAACGUAAAAGUCCUGAGCAGAGGUCCCGAUGUCUUGGAGCUCGAAUGGGCCCAGCCUACUCAGAUCUACGGUAAUCUACUGGGAUACCGUAUUCGGUACGGUAUAAAAAAUCAAACGCUCAAGGAGGAAUUUAUCGAGGGCACGCGUCAGCAGGCGUACAAAAUCACGGAUCUUGGAGAACAAGGCGUUGAUUACGAGUUCAGGGUGGCGGGCAAGAAUGACAUCGGCUUCGGUCAAGAGACCGUACGAUAUUGGUUCAGUCCGGAAGGCGAGCCAACCGGGCCACCGACGAAUCUGUCGUACUUCUUUCAAACUCCCGACACUGUGUGCGUGACCUGGGACAAACCGCUUCGGCAGCACAGAAACGGCCAGAUAAUCGGAUACGACGUGCAGUUCAACAAGAAGAACGAUCACUCUACCACUAUUGACAGGAACACGACCAAGACGAGAGCGGUAUUCACGAAUCUGGAGGAGAACACGGAGUACGUCUUUCACGUGCGAGCGCACACGUCGCAAGGCAGCGGUCCGUACUCCGAGAAAAUCACGAUAAUGACGGAAAAGGAUAUAGGCCGAGCUCCGAUGUCCGUGAGAGCCGUGGCCACGUCGGAUACCAGCGUGGAGGUAUGGUGGGAACCGGUGCCCAACAGAGGCAAGAUCGUCGGUUACCAGAUUUUCUACACAACAACCGCCGUGGAGGAUCUCGAUGAGUGGAAACAAAAGAGUGUCGGUUUGACGGAAUCGGCGGAUCUCAUCAAUCUGGAGAAGUUCACGCAGUACGCUAUAACAGUGGCGGCGCGCUACAAGACUGGUCUCGGAAGACUCAGCGAGAAGGUCACAGUGAAGGUGAAGCCGGACGAUGUACCGUUGAACCUGAGAGCGCCGGACUCAUCAACGCAUUCGAUGGUCCUUUCCUGGACUCCACCCAUAAAACUGACCCCGAUGAAGUACAAAGUCUCGUUUGACGCUGUUAAAGAGUUCGUGGAUUCCCAAGGUAUAACGCAAACACAACUCGUGCCUCGCAGGCAGAUCCUAUUGGAGCCUACAGUCACGAGUACGACAAUAAACGAGCUGCAACCGUUCACGACUUAUAACGUCAAUGUGAGCGCUAUACCGCGCGACGGUCAGUACAGACCACCGUCGAAGAUCACAGUCACUACACAGAUGGCCGCGCCCAAGCCGAUGGUAAAGCCGGACUUCUACGGUGUGGUUAACGGCGAGGAGAUUCAAGUUAUCCUACCGCAAGCUUCCGAGGAGUAUGGUCCAAUCUCGCACUAUUAUCUCAUUGUUGUACCUGAAGACAAGAGCACGGUCAAUAAACAGCCGGAUGAGCUGACCGAGGAUAUGAUCACCGGAAAUGGUGCUAAGCAGGAAAGAGAAAAUGCGCCCUAUAUAGCGGCUAAGUUUCCACACAGAGACAUUCCGUAUACGUUCCACUUAGGCAGCGGAGACAUCUACGAGGGAUAUGAAAACCGGAAGCUCGCCAAAAAUAAGCGUUAUAGAAUAUUCGUACGGGCUGUGGUCGAUACUCCGCGAAAGCAUUUGUACACGUCGUCGCCGUUUUCCGAAUAUUUGUCUCUGGACAUGAGGGAGGUACCUCCCGGCGAGCCACCGCGUCGGCCAAACCCUAACACGCCUUCGGAUGGAAAUCCAGAAGUUUCUGUAAAAACUAGCGGUCAAGAGCCAGGCAUGGUAUGGGUAGUUGGUCCUAUAAUCGCGGCAUUGAUGGUCAGCGUUUUCCUCGUACUUUUAUUCGUCAUUAAAAAACGAAGACAGCCGUGUAAAGCACCGGAUCAAGCAGCCGUUACGCGACCGCUCAUGGCAGCGGAUAUAAGCUCGAAUCACGCACCGUCGGACCCGGUUGAAAUGCGGCGACUAAAUUUCCAAACCCCUGGCAUGAUCUCGCACCCGCCGAUUCCUAUUAGCGAACUAGGCAAUCACAUUGAACGCCUGAAAGCGAAUGACAAUCUCAAGUUCAGUCAAGAAUACGAGUCAAUAGAACCUGGCCAACAGUUCACGUGGGACCAUUCCAAUAUGGAAGUGAACGCGUCGAAGAAUCGUUAUGCCAAUGUAAUCGCGUACGAUCAUUCGCGAGUCAUCCUUCAGACAGUUGACGGUAUGCCGGGCUCCGACUACAUCAACGCCAAUUACUGCGACGGUUACAGAAAGCAGAACGCAUACGUGGCCACCCAGGGACCGUUGCAGGAGACGUUCGGGGACUUUUGGCGCAUGUGUUGGGAAUUGCGUACCAGCACGAUCGUAAUGAUGACCAAGUUGGAGGAGAGAACGAGGAUUAAGUGCGAUCAGUAUUGGCCUACGAGAGGAUCCGAGACUUACGGACAGAUGACUGUGACCAUCAGCGACGUCCAAGAACUGGCAACCUACUGCAUUCGUACGUUCCAUGUUUGCCGGGCAGGCUAUUCCGAGCGGCGGGAGAUAAAGCAGCUGCAAUUUACAGCCUGGCCUGAUCACGGCGUGCCAGAGCACCCCGCGCCGUUCUUGCAGUUCUUGCGCAGAGUUAGAUCCCUCAACGUGCCUGACAGUGGACCAUUGGUGGUGCAUUGUAGCGCGGGCGUGGGACGAACUGGCUGUUUCAUCGUGAUAGACUCGAUGUUAGAAAGAAUCAAACACGAAAAAAUGAUCGACAUUUACGGCCACGUCACGUGUCUACGUGCUCAAAGGAAUUACAUGGUGCAAACGGAGGAUCAGUAUAUCUUCAUUCACGAUGCCUUGCUGGAGGCGGUGAUUUGCGGCAACACGGAGGUACCGGCCAGAAAUCUGCAUUCCCACAUUCAAAAGCUCAUGCAGCCGGAAAUCGACAAUAUAACCGGAAUGGAACUGGAAUUCAAGAAACUGUCCAACAUAAAGGCUGACUCGACCAGAUUUAUAUCCGCGAAUCUACCGUGUAAUAAACAUAAGAAUCGACUGGUCCACAUUCUGCCUUACGAAUGCACCAGAGUAUGCCUACAGCCGCAGCGUAAUAUCGAGGGUUCUGAUUACAUAAAUGCGAGCCUGAUCGACGGGUACCGCUAUCGCGGUGCCUACAUAGCUACGCAAGGUCCCCUGUGCGACACCACUGACGACUUCUGGCGUAUGCUGUGGGAGCACAAUUCCACGAUCGUUGUUAUGCUGACAAAAUUGAAAGAGAUGGGCAGAGAGAAGUGCCACCAGUAUUGGCCGUCCGAUCGAUCUAUCCGUUAUCAAUGCUUCGUCGUGGACCCGAUCGCGGAGUACAACAUGCCGCAAUACAUUCUGCGAGAGUUCAAGGUGACGGAUGCGCGCGACGGGGCCAGUCGCACGGUCAGGCAAUUCCAGUUUAUCGACUGGCCGGAACAGGGUGUGCCCAAGUCCGGCGACGGUUUUAUCGACUUUAUCGGACAGGUGCACAAAACGAAGGAACAAUUCGGCCAGGACGGACCGAUCACCGUGCACUGCAGCGCCGGUGUGGGGAGGACGGGUGUCUUCAUAACGCUUAGCAUUGUAUUGGAGCGAAUGCAGUACGAAGGUGUCGUCGACAUAUUCCAAACUGUCAGAAUAUUGCGCACACAACGUCCAGCUAUGGUUCAAACCGAGGAUCAAUAUCAGUUCUGCUAUCGAGCCAGUUUGGAGUAUUUAGGCUCCUUCGAUCAUUACGCCAACUGACAAGCCGACACUCGCGAGCAGAGGGAUCUGUCGAGGGACAAGCGAGACCGGCAAAGGGGCGAGAGAGAUAUCGAGAGGGCAAAAGUACGACGUGUCUAGUACAAUAAAGUCGUGUAACAUACUUGUACCUUCCAAGGACAAAUACAGUAGCAGUGCGCGAUUUACUAGUGUCGUGAGCAAUUAAUAUAGUGAUGAAAUGUUUAGUCAAUGGUGUUGCAGUAAAUGCAAAUAUGCCGGAAAUUUUCACUCCUAACACAGCAAAUAUCCUGAGUGCUGAGAGGAGCAGUCGAUUUAGGCUAAUCUCUUUUUAGAAACUAGAUUUGAAAGUUCCCUUACGGUGACAUGAGUCAAAACUGCCGUUUAGAAGUACAUACAAUACGCGUGGUUUGCACGCGCGAUCGUACGGUGUUCUUUUCUUUACGCGCGAGCGAAAAGAACUUGUUUUCCAGACAUUCUCUUACGUCGAAGAGUCAAUCAGCCGUGUACGACGAUGUAAUCAAAAUUACGAGCCGCCAUCAUCGCGUAGGGUCACAUUCGCGAAUUAGUGAAUUGGAAACAUAUCCCAUUGUCGAGUCGAUCAUUCGCAAAAGCAUUUUUUUAAGGUCUAGAUAGGUCUAAUUUUAAGAUAGACUGAAGAUACUACGACCAUAUCUCUCCCACUCGAAACAUAGUGCAUUUACCGUGCAUAGUAUCUCUUACAAACUAAGACAAUUAAGAUCAAAACCUCUUCUCUUUAUUGAGGAUACGAGUGCUUCCUUCAAUAGCGAAUUGCAUAGAGGAACGAAAUAUGGUCUCGAUGUCGACGUCCGUGUCUGUGAGAGAAACACGAGCUGCACGAUCAAUUGCAUGUGUGAAACGCACAUCGUGAAAAUAAGAACCUACCAUUCACCGUACGUGGCAUAUUCCACGAGUACUUACUUAAUGUAGAAAGAAAAAUGGAUCGGAAAACCAGUCGAGUAAUAACUUUUUUAGCCAUUACAACGUAAAGAGAGAGAGAGAGAAACAGAGAGAGAUGAAAAUUUCCGCUCACAAGAAACAAAAAAAAUUGCCAUACUGCCAAAUUGACAAUUAUUAAUGCUGUACUCACUAUGAAUAGUAGGGAUCUUCUUAUUAUAUAAUAAUGUUAGGUAGAUUGUAAGAAAUUGUUUUAAGGCUAGAUUAAGCGACGCCAUUAGGGAAAUGAGGAUGAAAGAAGGACCCGAGUGAAAGAAGGAUGAAAGGAAACGGUGCCUAUUCAACGAAAGGUGCGCGAGCGAACUUGCGCACGUUUCUAUAAAAGAAGAAAAAAAACUAAUUUAAAUAGAAGCACUGUAUGUUGAAUUUUCGUGUACUCCCGAGCCCUCGAUACCCUUAUGUACAAAGUUCCAACGUAGCUUCUACCUCGAAUAUUUCUACUUACCAUUUCAAAUAUAUUGAAAUAGAUAGCCAUAAAUUCCAUUACAUUUGCAUCGACUGUUCAAUGUUUUUUUACCUUACGAUUUUACUUACGACCUUAUACUAAAAUCAACUUUACGCUGAGUAUUCAUGUUAUACAUAAAAUCAUCGACACUUGUAAUAUAAGCUAUUUGUUUUUCACAUGCCAGAUCAAUGCCAAGAACGCAUAAACGAGGAACAACGUGAUAUAUUUAUUGCGAUGGAAAUAUUUAAUUCGGCAAUUCUAUAAAAUUUCUAAUAAUUCUAUAGAAUCACUGGCUAUACUGUCGAAUUAAUAGUGUAUUCAAAUGUCUUUCUCCGACGAUCAGUGAUUUUAUAAAGAUAAAUGUAUGAAUUGCUUUGAUUUUAUCGUCCAUAAAUAUAAUUAAUUACAUUUAUCAACAGUGAUUCGACUAGCGAUUCUAUUGAAUCAUAGAUAAUUUUAUGGAAGCACUAAUUACUUUCAUCGUGACAUUAUCCAUUUUGUAUAGAAAUAACGACUUCGGAUACAUAUAUUGCAAUUUAAAGUUGCAAACUCUCCAGUUUACGAGGACAAUAAUUGUACGCUCGAUUACACCUUCUUCGAAAUCAUGAUACUGUUCGGUAUAGCAAAUGUCUCUCUCUUGUAGCUAACAUUUUAGAACGUACCAUUUAAAAAAAGUGUACAUGUACAAUGACGAACGUAAACGUCUCAUCUAAAUAAAGUAACUUAUCAAUUGUGAAUCUUCUCUGGUUUCUGGCAUUCUUUUGGCUGUAACGGUUCUGUGCUUAUUACAAAAUAUUCUUGACAAGUUGAAACUACGCAUAAAAUGUCACACGAGAAUACCAUUCCACGAUUUUGCUCGAAUAUUCUCCUUUCACCAUUAGUUAUUGUGGUUCGAGGGUCAGGAACUGUGACUAAAUGUACAUAAAUGCACUGUGUCGUUAGUAACAUUAUAUAAAAAUAUACAUAUAUAUAUAUAAUAUAUACAAAAUGCUAAGAGAUAUAUACAUAGAUAUAUAUAUAUAUAUCAUAAGAGAUGCGAGUGUGUAUAAGGACAUGAAGAUGUUUAAGAAGAUAUAGGUAUUUUCCAAACUACCGUGUUAAGUUUUAACAGAAAAAAAUGUAAUCUACUCAGUACGUUGUAUCUACCCGUAAUAUUUAAUUCUCUCCGUACUUUUUAUUCACAAUUUUUUUUACACUUUUUUAAUAAUACUUUUUAAGUAAAGUUUUUUUUAAAUGAUAUUUUUACGAGUGUACUUUUAUACAACGGCUUUCGAGCAGGGUGUUCCUUUAUGGAUUCUGAGAGAAAAAUGCUUAUCCGCUUUAGUGUCGCGAUAUUUUUUCUUCUGUUAACAAACUGAGGGCCAUCUCAUAUAGCAUUUACUAUUGUUCUUUGUGCUUGAAAAAAAAGUACUUAAUUUUAUUAAUAUUAAAGUGUACGUAAUUAAAUAAGUAAUUACAUCAAAUUUUUCACUGCCUGUUAAACCAUUACAACCGCGGCAUUUUUCACUAAUUUAUAGUGUAAUGGUAAUAAUUAUAGUGCUACUUGUAAUAAUAUUAUAUAAUGAUAAUACUAGUUAUAAAAAUAAUUCUACAAUUUGCCUUACGUCUCAAAGUUCAUUAAAAAACAGUAACACUUCAAAUUAACGAUGCAUUUUAAGUUAUCACGUUACAUUUCUGGCAAUUGCAGCAGAUUCUUUAUUACUACUUAACAUUUGGCCUUCAGACUGUAACCAAAAGCAUUUACUUCAACCUGUAGUAUUUUACUUUGAAGGAAAUAUAUAUUUAUACAAUAGUUUUUAUGUAAUUACUUUUAUAAUUUUAGUUCAGUCUAAAAAAAAUAGCUCUAGCAAAAUUCUUUAUAUAACAUGCUCCUACUAAGCGUUAUUAAGCAAAUUAAGUUGCGAUUAUCUCUGGAUACGGCAGGAAAAGAUUCUGUAAUAUUUUCAGUUUUAUUAUUUUGGGCGUGCAUAGUUUCAAAGACUGUAAUCGGUAAAGACUCACACUCUUCAAGAUAUUGUUAAUGUUAUACAUGGUGUAUGACUGGAUAACGUUUAUUAGCUCUUACAAUAUGCGACUGAAGACACAAAACUCAAAACAAUAUGUUUUAGAAAAUUAGAAUAGGAGUGGAUGAUAUUUGAACAAUUAGUUGUACAUUGGAAAGUUUCAUCUGUAAAUAACACUGACUUAUUUCCAUUGAAAUGUUUUUACCUCAUUGCUGUACAAUUAAUCAUUCAAAGUUUACAAAGCUAAUUUAUUUCAAGUGCAAAUUUUGGUAAAGUAGCUCUUGCUCUGGGAACAUUUCUCAAGAAGGAAAAAUCAGUAGCUGUUAAACCUUAAAAGUCAAACGCCCUGUACACACUGUGGUUUUCAUUGUAAUGUUCUUAAAAAGAGAAAAAGACUUUUGCUAAAAAUAACCUUGAAAUCAUUGUUAUAAGUAUUCAUCUGUAACAAGUCCAUUGAGCGUUUCAUCCCAUUAAACAUUCUUCUUAGAAUACCGCAAAGCGCAUUAAGUUUUAAUAGCGUUAAACUUGGCAGAACUUUGGUGAGAAACUUAUAAAUUUCGAAUUUUUAAUGUAAUUAUUAUCAACACAUGUACUUUGCCAACUUUCUUAAUGGCUUCACGUUUAAAGUCCCAAGCUAAAAUAUGUUACGAGAAACGAAAUUGAAUUAUUGUAUAAAUAUACUACUAGUUAUAAGUUGAUAUCAUUAAUCUAUACUCACUAAAAUUUACUGCUACAAGGAAGUCCACAAAAUAUUCGUACAUUUAUAUUAUAAUGUAAUAAUUGUAAUGUUACACUAAGUUUUUUGUAUCAUUCCGAAAACAGCUUACGUGCAUGUUGUAUUUUAGUACCGUAACCCUUGUUAGUCUUCAUAAUUUUUUAACGAUUUAAAAUGUAUAGCAAAACGAUAUGUGGUUUGUUGUAUUCUUCUUCUUGAAAACGUACACAACUCGCGCGUGUCUUCGGAGCAGUUUUGAUAAUAUAAUAAAAUACAAUCGGCUAAUGUAGCUCCGUGCAAUAUAGCGAGUUUGUUAUUGUGUAUAAGAUCGCCUCUCAAAUUCAUCGUUAGAUGAAUCCAGUAAAGUGUCGCGGAUCCGAAGAAGAAUAUGAAUUUAAAUGCAAAGAAUAAGUCAAAUACUAAAUAUCGUUGAAAGAAUGGGAAAUUAUUUUGUGAUACUUUCUUGCCAGAAAGAAUACAACAGGCUGAGGUAAAAAAAAACAUGAUAAAUGCAAUGUUACUAAUUAACAACUAUACAAAAUAAAUAUUGUGUAAUAGGAAGAGUCUGUUGACAAGGAAGAAUACCGUGUACAUUAUGUAUUGCCUUGCGGCAUUAAUAAACUAGUACUAACAUAAAAA